AUGCCGCUUGCUUCUAGGACUAUCUUGCCUUUUUGUUCAAGAACCUUCUUAUCUCCUUUACGUGUGGCUUCUUUACUCGUUUCUCCUGAGAAAUCCUCCUCCACUUUCUUCAGAAGGGUCCAUGUUCAUCAACUUUUCUCCACUUCCACUACAACAACUCGUCUCUUCUCCUCUGUUAACUGCUCAAUUCAAUCUACUUCCACACUUGAGGCAGAAAGUCAAGCUCUUUCUCGCCCUAACGUAGUCGAUAUUCUUGAAGAAAGAGGACUACUAGAGUCAAUCACCAGCGAGAAGCUCAGGUCUGCUUGCUCUGAUCCCAACGUAGCUCCUCUAAAAGUCUACUGUGGGUUUGAUCCAACGGCUGAGAGUUUACACUUAGGUAAUCUCCUUGGUAUCAUUGUGCUUUCUUGGUUCCAAAGAUGUGGACAUCAAGCCGUUGGUUUGAUCGGUGGUGCCACAGGACGUGUUGGUGACCCGUCUGGUAAAAGUCUAGAAAGACCUGAGCUUGACGCCGAUACACUGGAGAAGAACAUUUCAGGGAUUCAAAACAUCAUCGUCAAGAUUCUUGGUGGCAAUCAUGUGAUUCUUGAUAACUAUGACUGGUGGAAAGAUGUGAAAAUGCUCGACUUUUUGAAAGAUGUCGGCCGGUUUGCUAGGGUUAGCUCUAUGAUGGCGAAGGAGAGUGUGAAGAAGAGGUUAGAAUCAGAGCAAGGUAUGAGCUACACAGAGUUCACUUACCAGUUACUGCAAGGAUAUGAUUUUGUUCACCUGUUCAAGAACGAAGGGGUCAAUGUUCAGAUAGGUGGGAGUGAUCAGUGGGGGAAUAUAACAGCUGGAACAGAGUUGAUCCGGAAGAUUCUCCAAACGGAAGAAGCGGCUUAUGGACUAACGUUUCCUCUCUUAUUGAAAAACGAUGGGACUAAGUUUGGAAAAUCUGAAGAUGGAGCAAUCUGGUUAGCUUCUUCGAUGUUAUCUCCUUAUAAGUUCUAUCAGUACUUCUUCUCUGUUCCAGACGUUGAUGUGAUACGCUUCUUGAAGAGUCUGACUUUUCUGAGCUUGGAUGAGAUCAAGAUCUUGGAAGAUCAGAUGGGGAAGCAAGGGUACGUUCCUAACACCGCGCAGAUGAAACUUGCUGAGGAAGUAACACGGUUUGUACAUGGAGAGGAAGGUUUGAAGGAAGCUGUUAAAGCAACAGAAGCUUUAAGACCAGGAGCUGAGAUGAAACUUGAUUGGAACUUGAUUGAGAGAAUUGCAGAGGAUAUACCUUCUUGCUUACUGCCUAUUGAUCGAGUCUUGAGGUUUUCGAUUGUGGAUGUAUCGGUUUCUGCUGGUUUGUUUGAGAGCAAAUCUGCUGCGAGGAGGAUGUUGAAGCAAGGUGGGUUUUAUAUGAACAAUGAGAGAGUUGAUGAUGAGAAUAAGAGAGUUGGAGAUGAAGAUAUUGUUGAAGGGAAAGGUCUUGUUCUCUCUGCGGGCAAGAAGAAUAAAGUGGUCGUUAGAAUUUCAUGA